AUGCAAACAGCCAUCACAAACUUACUGGCAUUAUUUGAGCAAUACACGUUCAGAGUACUUGACCGCCAACAAAGUUCUGUCGACCCAGCUUGCGUUGACGAAAUCCUGCAUCGUGCUGGAUCAGGGUCUAAGACUGCGGAGCAAAUUCAAAAUGUAUCACAAGCCUAUCUUGUCGAAGGAGAUAAAGCAUAUGUCGCCGGAGAAUUGAGUAAAGCAAUUGCCCGAUAUGACCAUGUGACGGAACUCUUAAGGCAUCAUCGUUGCCUGAAACUGGACGAAGAUGCUCCAAGAGGUUUACUCCGUUCGCUCAUCACGGCACUCCACGUAACAAGCAGUCACACUGCGAGAGCAAUCCUCGCAUCUGGCGAUUAUGAGUGUGCAAAAACGCUGGGGAAAAACGAUACUCGAGGCGGGGUUAGUCCCAAACCAAGCGCGGGCGAAGGUGAGGACGAGUUGCGGCCGUUCGAAGAGUCUCUAAACGCCGAGGACGACAAAUCCACCGUUCUCAGAGCGCUGGCGGACUUGUUUCCAUAUCCCGCAGCUGAGCAGGCGGGAAUGGUAAUGGAGCAACACGAUAAGCUUCAGAGCGGUGGAAGCCAUCGACUUCGAUGCUAUUCGAGCCUUUUGGGAGGCUGUGUGAGCUCGGAGAACAAUUGGUAA